UGCAAUCAGCGGCGCGGGCUCCGCGGUCUCGUGUGACCGCGGGCGCAGCCUCCUGGCCUCCAAACAGCAGCAACGGCAGAGGCAGGCAGGCGAGGUCAAGAUGGUGGCUCCGCGGGCGGGGGAGGUGUUGGAGGGAGGAGGAGCCAGACCUUAGCCGACCGGAAACACCGACACCCAGAGGCCUCCCGGGAGCCGCCGCCGCUGCCGCCUCCGCCGCCUGCUCCAGCUCGAGAGACGCGAGCGGGCGGCGGGGCGGGCCGUAAGAGAGCAGAGGAGGGAGGGCGGGGGCGGAGUCGCCCGCCUUAGCCCCCGCCCCUGGCCGCGGUCCCGGGCCCUGCCCCGCGCGGCCCUCCCCGGCUCGCCCAGCCCCGGUGUGGCAGCGGCUCAUGGCGGCGGUGGGGCCCCCGCAGCAGCAGGUGCGGAUGGCCCAUCAGCAGGUCUGGGCGGCGCUCGAGGUGGCGCUCCGGGUGCCCUGCCUCUACAUCAUCGACGCCAUCUUCAACUCCUACUACGAUUCCAGCCAAAGCCGGUUCUGCAUCGGGCUCCAGAUCUUCCUCCGGCUCCUUGGUAUAUUUGUAUCCAGUAUUGUUCUGAUCUUGUCACAACGAUCACUUUUCAAGUUUUACAUGUACAGUUCAGCCUUUCUAUUAGCUGCAACUUCAGUGUUGGUAAAUUAUUAUGCUUCUUUGCACAUUGACUUCUAUGGUGCCUACAACACAUCAGCUUUCGGAAUUGAGCUGCUUCCUCGAAAAGGGCCCUCGCUAUGGAUGGCACUCAUCGUUCUCCAGCUAACCUUAGGAAUUGGAUACAUUACACUACUACAAAUUCAUUCCAUCUAUUCACAAUUAAUUAUUUUGGAUCUCUUGGUUCCUGUAAUAGGCUUAAUCACAGAGCUACCAUUACACAUCCGAGAGACUUUAGUUUUUACUUCUUCCUUGAUUCUCACAUUAAACACAGUGCUUGUCUUGGCAGUGAAACUUAAGUGGUUUUAUUAUUCUACACGAUAUGUUUAUCUUUUAGUGAGGCACAUGUAUCGAAUUUAUGGAUUACAGUUAUUAAUGGAGGACACAUGGAAGAGGAUUCGUUUCCCAGAUAUACUGAGAGUCUUUUGGCUAACAAGAAUUACAGCUCAGGCUACAGUGUUGAUGUACAUUUUAAGGAUGGCAAAUGAAACGGAUUCCUUCUUUAUUUCUUGGGAUGAUUUCUGGGACCUCAUUUGCAAUCUUAUAAUUAGUGGAUGUGAUUCUACACUGACUGUACUGGGCAUGAGUGCUGUAAUUUCCUCAGUAGCCCAUUAUUUGGGCCUUGGAAUAUUGGCCUUUAUUGGAUCAACUGAAGAAGAUGAUAGGCGGCUUGGCUUCGUAGCACCAGUUUUAUUUUUUAUUUUGGCUCUUCAGACUGGCUUAAGUGGGCUAAGACCAGAAGAGAGACUUAUUCGCUUAAGUAGAAACAUGUGCCUUUUAUUAACUGCAGUCCUGCAUUUCAUCCACGGGAUGACAGACCCUGUGUUAAUGUCUCUCAGUGCCUCUCAUGUGUCAUCUUUCCGUAGACAUUUUCCUGUGCUCUUUGUCUCUGCUUGCCUGUUUAUUCUUCCUAUUUUACUCAGUUAUGUUCUUUGGCAUCACUAUGCACUAAAUACAUGGUUGUUCGCAGUUACAGCCUUUUGUGUGGAACUCUGCUUAAAAGUAAUUGUUUCUCUCACUGUGUAUACGUUAUUCAUGAUUGAUGGCUACUAUAAUGUCCUUUGGGAAAAGCUUGAUGAUUAUGUCUACUAUGUUCGUUCAACAGGCAAUAUUAUUGAAUUUAUAUUUGGAGUAGUGAUGUUUGGAAAUGGGGCUUACACUAUGAUGUUUGAGUCAGGAAGUAAAAUUCGGGCUUGUAUGAUGUGUUUACAUGCAUAUUUUAACAUCUACUUACAAGCAAAAAAUGGCUGGAAGACCUUCAUGAAUCGUAGGACUGCUGUUAAGAAAAUUAAUUCACUUCCUGAAAUAAAAGGGAGCCGCUUGCAAGAAAUAGAUGACGUAUGUGCAAUCUGCUAUCAUGAGUUUACAACAUCUGCUCGCAUCACACCAUGUAAUCAUUAUUUUCAUGCACUUUGCCUUCGGAAAUGGCUGUACAUCCAAGAUACUUGUCCAAUGUGCCAUCAGAAAGUGUACAUCGAAGAUGAUAUUAAGGAUAAUUCAAAUAUAUCUAACAACAAUGGAUUUAUUGCACCCAAUGAAAAUCCAGAGGAAGCUGUAAGAGAAGCUGCUGCUGAAUCUGACAGGGAAUUGAACGAAGAUGACAGUACAGAUUGUGAUGAUGAUGUUCAGAGAGAAAGAAAUGGAGUGAUUCAGCACACAGGCCCAGCAGCUGAAGAACUUGAUGAUACUGAUUAAAAUAGCAUUUACUAAUCAUUGAGGUUAUUUGUUUAAAAUUCAGUUCAUCCAAAAUGGAGUAAUAUGCUUCAAUGUGUAACCAAGCACAAAAACAGUAUCCAUGUUGAAUCUGUGAAUGGUUUUCCGUUUACUGUGAUGUGCUACUGUAAAUAUACCUCUUUAAUUACUUCUGGUCUCUUUGGUGACCUAUUUAAAUUUGUGUACAUUAUUGUACAUAGAAUAAAAUGUUUUCACAUUUUUAUGACAAAAUUUGAACAAAUAGCUUUUUAAUAGAUGUAAUGAUAAUACAGUGCGUCAACUGUGCCAAAGAUUCCUCAAUGAAAGCAUAUAAAAGUA